AUGCGAUCGAUACUCGUGCCAUUUAUCGUUCUGAGUGGUACCGUAUCGGCCCAACUUUUGGUACCUUUGAUCAGGAGUGCCUCUGUCCCCCGACCUUUCGAUCGUGACCAAGCGCCCCUCAUGGAGCCCGUUGGCCCGGGCCCGGCAGUGCCCCCGUCCGGCUCCUCUCCAGCUGAGCCGCCUCCGGACUCCGGAGGCGGCGUGAUGCUGUCUGAUGUCAUGGGUAAGGAUAGGAGCAUUAACCUCUUCGCUGGAUUUGUGCGCGACGUCGAGUCCGCCGCACGCCGGCUCGAUAACUCGUCGCAGAACACGACCGUUCUGGCUCCGCUCAACUCGGCCGUCGAGAAGCUGCCCAGGAAACCAUGGGAAGACCCCGGGGAAUACAGCGCGCUUGGGCCCAACGCGUACGAGGGCCAGGAAGGACAGGACAGAGCCCAGCGGAACUUGCGCAGGUUCGUGGAGGCGCACCUGGUGCCCCUGAGCCCGUGGCCCGCAGGAGAAAAGGUCAAGCCCGUCGGGGGGGACCGGGAGAUCUGGUGGGAAGAAAAGGAUGGGACGCGGCUGAUCCAGCCAGGCGCGAUCGAGGUUGCCAGCGUAGCCGGAAAGGUCACCAAUGGUCAGGUGCACCACCAAGUAGCCAUGAAUAACCAGCCGCUGCAUGGCGGCGGCGGCUUCGACCGCGACCGCGACCGCGAUGUCGACGAGCAACGUCAUCGCGCCCUCCAUCAAGACGAUAUGGCAAGGCGAGAAAGGGAGCGCGAGCACGACCGCGACCGUGAACGCGAGCGAGAGCGAGACCGCGAACGGGAAGAAGCCGAGCGCCAGCACCGCGACGCAUACCCGCCGACCGCGCCCCAUCACAGUAGCGCCGGUUCCCUCCCGAUCCACCAGCCCGUCGCAUCGAGGAUCUCGAACUCGAUCACCGGCCCCGGUGGCCUCCUCGCGAACCACGGGAGCUCGGCCCCUUCCCUGGCCAUGGGUGGGCCUUCGGCCCCUGCGCCGGGCUUCGGCGGGCCGCUCCACGGCGAUUCCGCCAGGCCGGCGCAACAUCAUGGCGGUCCGGGAGCCACGCAGCCACCUCAACACCAGAUCUACGCGCCCAUGAGUCAUGGCCCGAAUGGUCCCAGCAACUCCCUGGGCGGAUCGGGCGGGCCCCCUUCCAUCUUCGGCGGCCCACUUCAGCAGGAGAACGGCCGGCCCAUGCCGCAGGACGGCGUCAGAGGCAUGCAGCAGCAAUUACCCUUCGGAUCCAGUAUGGGUCCCGGCCAUGCGAUGCCUGCUGGACCUGGCGGCAUGCCUCAGGGCCAGCAGCCCAUCCUGAAUGAUGCGCUCAGCUACCUCGAUCAAGUCAAGGUGCAAUUCCACGAGCAACCGGACGUCUACAAUCGGUUCUUGGACAUCAUGAAGGAUUUCAAGAGUCAGACAAUCGACACGCCCGGUGUUAUCAGCAGAGUCUCCGAACUCUUCGCUGGCCACCCAAACCUCAUCCAGGGCUUUAACACUUUCCUCCCCCCCGGAUAUCGCAUCGAGUGCGGACUGGAAAACAACCCCAACAGCAUCCGCGUCACGACUCCAUCAGGUUCAACAAUCCACUCAAUCGGCCGAGCAAGCCAACACGAAGCGACACAACCGACGUCCGGUCCUGCGCAUGCGCAAGGAUAUCUGAGCAGCAGGAGCGGCUGGCAAGCGCCGCACCCUCACAGCGUGGAAAGCCCAGAAGCCACGUUCAGUGUGCCGGCACAAAACGGCCAGCCGGGAUUCCCUGGGUCGAACCAGGGUGCUCCGUUUGACGGCACCAGCCCGAUCCAACAGAGAUCCGUACCGGCCGCUCAGAACGGCACCCCUAUGAACCACGCCCCUGCCCCUCGGACAGCGCUCACCCCUACUCCGGCUGGCGGUCCGCCCAACACGAACAGCGGUGCUGCUUCUCAGCAGGCUAUCCUGGAGAAACGCGGACCCGUGGAAUUCAACCACGCGAUUAGCUACGUCAACAAAAUCAAAAAUCGCUUCCAGGAUAAACCUGAAAUUUACAAGCAGUUUCUCGAGAUCCUGCAGACCUACCAACGCGAGCAAAAACCGAUUCAGGACGUAUAUUCCCAGGUCACCAGCCUUUUCCAUACAGCACCCGAUCUUCUUGAGGAUUUCAAACAGUUCCUCCCCGAGUCGGCCGCGCAGACUCGAUCGGUUGGCCCACGCGCUGAAGAGAGCAUGCCUAUGGCGGCGACCACGCCAACGCCGCAGCCGGGCCAUCUUGCUCGCGACGGCCCCAAGAUGCCACCGGUUGGCAAUUUCGCUCCGCCGGCGAGCGCAAGCAAAGACAACAAGAAACGUCGUCCGGAGAAGGCGCCCGCUGGCCCUGCUCCCUCGACUUCGGAGCAAUCACAGAUGUCGGCUUUGCGAGGGACUCUGCCCCCUGCGCCCUCGGCGAACAAGCGCGCCAAGUUGACGCACAAACCCAACGCUGCCGAGAGCACCUUUAUCGAGCCGACGCUGACGCCGACGAUGCCCGAGCCGCUGGCGCCUACACCGCUCGCCGUGUCCACGCAAGAUGACCUUGCGUUUUUCGAGAAAGUUAAGAAGCACAUCGGCAACCGGACGGCGACGACUGAGUUCCUCAAGCUUCUCAACCUCUGGAACCAGGACCUGAUCACGAAGGAUCUUCUUAUUUACAAGGCGAAUCAGUUCAUGGGCGGCAAUCCCGAGCUUCUCAAUGGGCUGAGGGCCCUGGUCCGCCAGGAUACCACCGACGAAGUCGUCGAGAACCGGCCGGAGCCGCCGACGGGCAGGGUCUCUCUCAGUAAUUGCCGUGGACUCGGCCCCAGCUACCGACUGCUACCGAAGCGGGAGCGGCUGAAACCCUGCUCUGGCCGCGACGAACUGUGCCAGUCGGUGCUCAACGACGAAUGGGCGUCGCACCCGACCUGGGCGUCGGAGGACUCGGGCUUUGUCGCCCAUCGCAAGAACGCCUACGAAGAAAGCCUGCACCGUAUCGAGGAGGAGCGUCACGAUUACGACUUCUACAUCGAGGCGAACCAGAAGUGCAUCCAGCUGCUGGAGCCGAUCGCACAGCAGAUGUUGUCGCUGCCUGCCUCGGAGAGGGCCAACUUCAAGAUGCCGGCUGGCCUUGGCGGUCAGAGCACCUCCAUCUACAAGCGGGUCCUCAAGAAGAUCUACGGUCCAGAGAAGGGCUGCGAGGUCGCCAAUGACAUGUUCAGGUACCCCUUCACGGUCGUCCCCGUUGUCAUGGCGCGCCUGAAGCAAAAGGACGAGGAGUGGAGAUUUACUCAGCGCGAGUGGGAGAAGGUUUGGCAGGCCCAGACCGAGGUGAUGCACCUGAAGAGCCUGGAUCACAUGGGCAUCCAGGUCAAGAGCAACGACAAGCGCAACCUCGCGGCGAAGCAUCUCGUCGACGUGAUCAAGACGAAGCACGAAGAACAGCGGCGUAUCCGAAUGGCGAAGGGCAAGACUCCUCGCUAUCAGUUUGCGUACUCGUUCACCGACGAGGAUCUCAUUCUGGACCUGCUCCGGUUUAUGGUCAUCUUCGCCAACGUCGGCGGGCAGCACAACGCGCAGGAGCGGCGGCGGAUCCUGGAGUUUUUCGAGACCUUCAUCCCGCAAUUCUUCGAUCUUCCCGAGGAGAAAGUCCAGGAGAAACUGGCCGACAUCGACCAAGACUCGGCAGAGGAGGACGAGGACGAAACGACAGCGCUCGAGUUGACCAACGGCCGCGCUCGGCGCAACGAUAAGAAGUCCAACCUGCUCCGCGGCGUGCUGGAUCCCGGCCGCAACGGCAGUCGGAGCCGUGGGCAAAAGGAAGACAGCGCGGCGUCCGGUAGCAAGGAGACCACGCCCGACGUGGGAUCGGCGAACGAGGAAGAGAUGGCCGAUGCGCCGGAGGAUUCGUCGCUGCCGGAGGUGUCCAACAGCCGCUGGCUCCCGACGGUGCCGGGGCCGAUCAUCGUCGAGAAGGGCAGAGGCGGCAAGGGAUCGGACCUCGUUGACGUGGACGGCGAGCUUAAGGCGGACGCGCCGUUCCCGCGGCGCUGGUACAACUUCUAUUGCAACCAGAACAUCUACGUGUUCUUCACCGUGUUCCAAACGCUGUUCAAGCGGCUCGAGGAAGUCAAGCAGAGCAAGGACAGCGUCUUGGAGGAGAUACGGCGCGAGAACGCGGAGAAGCCGGCCAAGAUCCUCGGUUUCGUCCACGAGGGCAUGCACUACUUUGAUAGCGAGGACCCGGCCACGUUCUGGCCCAAGACGGUCGAGCUCAUCGAGGACUUCAUAAACGGCGAGAUCGACGAGAGCCGGUAUCAGGACGUGCUGCGGCACUACUACCUCCGCAAGGGCUGGACGCUCUACACGAUCCAGGAUCUGCUCAAGACGCUGUGCCGGCUCGCGCUGAGCUGCAACAACCCUGAUGCCAAGGGCGAGAAGACCAAGGAGCUGGUCAAGGCUUACCUGGAGAGCCGGCAUCAGACCGAGACGAGCUUCCAGAACGAGAUCAGCGCGCGCAAGUUCGCUGAGAAGUGCAUCAAGGACGGCGAGAUGUUCGUCAUUGCCUGGUACCCGGCCAAGAAGGAGGCGACGGUCCGGUGGCUGCAAAAGGACGACACGACAUUCUACAUGGACGAGAUGGAGCGCAUCCAGCAGUGGCAGUACUACAUCUCGUCGUACAUGCGGGUCGAGCACACCGAGGGCGUGGUGCGGUCGCGGCUACAGAAGGUGCUGCUGGAGCGCAACCUGCCGAGCGACGCUAAGGACUCGCCGGAGGACGGCGGGUACGCGCCCAAGCCGCUGGUGAUCCACGAGGGGCUGAUCGUCCGCAUCUGCCUGAACUCGUCCAAGAUGGUGUUCGAGAAGGGCACGUCGGACUGCUUCAUGUACAACAACAGCGCGGCCGCGGGCCAGCGCGAGGGCGCCGAGGACGGCGAGGCGGACGGCGGCAGCGACGAGGACCGCGAGGCCAAGCGCGCCUUCCGCCGCGAGAUCCAGGCCGACAAGCUCAAGGAGAAGACCGUCACCAACAACCUCUGGAUGCGCGGCCUCAGCCACGACGAGGUGCAGAGGGUCAACACGGAGUUCCAGCGGUGGAAGGAGCACGGGAUCCCGCUGUCGCCGGAGGACGAGGACGAUGCGGACUUGACCAUGGAGGGUUGA